GGGAUCAUCGACGAGCCGCACUGCCAGUGGAUCGCCGAGCAGCUGGACGAGGGUGAGCCGCGCGCCGAGGGAUCGAAGCAUGGCGGGGUCGGCGGCUGGUGGCGAGAGUCGGAAAGGAGGGCCGAAGAGGAGCGGGGGCAGCCGCCCAAGGCUGGCCCACGCGGCUGCAAGCGGCUGUACCUCAACGACAACGAGAUCACCGGCGUCGGCAUCCGGUACAUCGCCGACGCGCUCAAGCGCAACCGCACCCUAGAGGAGCUGUACCUGCACUACACCGACAUUGGAGACGACGGGCUGCGCGAGCUGCUCCUCAUGCUGCAGGCGAGAUGA